AUGGAAAAAGUGAAUUUGUCGCUGCACCAGAAUCUAGACGUGUGGCACCAACUUCGCAAUCGCGUGUUCAAGGUCAUCACCUUCUACACGCAGUUUGUGUCGGCGCUCAUGUCGAUUGCUCUCGUGCAGCUCGCGGUCACAGUCGGUGGCCUGGUCGUCUACUGCCUACCUGGCUACAACCUUUUGAUUCUGAUGCUGGUCGGGUCGCUCUCAACACUGGUGUUUCUCUUGCCAUUGGCCAAGGCGCUCGACAUUCAAGCCAAUCACGAGUCGAUGCUCCACGCCUUGGUACUGCGUUUGCACCAUGAACGAGGGCGUCGCGCCAAGGUCGAUCGACUGAGCAUGAUGGCAUGUUUGUCGCAGCUCAUUCCGCUGGUCGGACUUAACGACGACCGGAUUCGCUUUUGGGGCAUCGAGCUCUCGACGGCACGCCUCGUUGGACUCACUUUUUCGAUUGGGUCGGGUUUAUCGGUGGUCUUUUCCCGCACCGUAUACCACAGCUGGUCGGAGCCUCUGUAUGGCACGUAG